UCUAGCGAGACUAGUGGUAAAGAGCCACCAACUUCCACAGAUGAGGAUAUCAUUCCAGGCAUUCUAGCCCUUGUAGAAUGUUCUCCAUGCCUAGAGACACUUGUUGUACAGUGCAGUGACUUCAAUGAGGAUUCCCAUGAGGAAUCUGUCAGGACAUGGACUCCUGCUGCAAGGGAUGAUUUGGAUCUUGACUUAGCGCACUUGAAGACUGUUCGUUUAUUUGAUUUUGCUGAUCCCAAUUUAGGCGGUGAGCCGAUGCUUACGUUGGCCCGAAUCUUGCUUAAGAGAGCCACGUCAUUGAAAAAGAUGGUGAUCGAUGCACUUGAAAAUUUAACCAAUUUUUCAUCAGAUUUUGCAAAGAUGUCUGAAACAGUAGUUAGUUACCCAAAAUCCUCGGGAAAAGCAACACUUGUUGUACAGUGCAGUGACUUCAAUGAGGACUCCCAUGAGGAAACCAUCUGGACAUUGGGUCCAGCCGUAAAGGAUUUGGAUUGUGACUUGUUGCAUUUGAAGAGAGUUCAAUUACUCGACUGUGCUGAUCCGUAUCUUGAAGGCGAGCCAAUGCUAACACUGGCCAGAAUCCUGCUUAAGCGGGCACCAGUUUUGGAAACUAUAGUUGUUGAUGGAAAUGGAUACUCGCCUGAUGAGUCUCUCAAUUCCUUCAUAGUUGGCCCAGAUCCUCCCAAAAAGCAAUUAUCACUUUCAAUCAAUGAUCCUGAAAUUUGUUCAGCAACGAAAAUCCGAACAAAUGGCCAAAGAGUGGCGGAUGAAGAUUUUGGCGAAUGUGGACUGAAAAAUGAAGCGGCAAGGACGAGAGAAGUAUUUGCCGCAGACAAGGGACGGGCGCUGUCAUCUGACAAUAAACGGGCUAAGGAGACAGCCGUCGAUAGGCUGAGUGAGCUGCCAGAUUCCUUAAUCAUCCACAUCCUUUCUUUCCUGGGCUCUGAUGUGACCAAAGCUGCUGCUACCUGCGUGCUGUCCAAAAGAUGGCAAUAUAUCUGGCCUCAACUGCCUAGGCUGGCCUUCUUGAACCGCACAUGGGAUUUGGAAAAAUCAAGCAAUUUCGUGUCAUGGGUCCAUAGGACCCUUCUUUUCCGCACCACUACUCAUUUGGAGGAGUUUGAGGUCCGCUUUCUGUACGACGAGUGCUAUGCCUCAGAUGUCAACGCUUGGAUACGCAUUGCCCUUAGAAAUAGAGUGAAAAUUCUUAGCUUGCAACUCCAUUCCGAAACAUGUCUUCACAUUCUUCCCCAGGUUUUGUAUUCCUCUUCUUCCUUGGAGUCCUUGUCCUUGAGUCGCUGCAUUUUGGGUCCACAGAGCACGAUUGAGUGGCCAUCUUUGACUUGGUUAAGUGUUUGGAAAGUGGAGCUAAAUGAAGGUGUGAUUCAAAAGAUACUAUCAUGUUGUCCUGUUCUGCGUAUGCUGGGGCUCACAUCAUGCUGGGGAUUCAGGCGUCUGGAUGUAAAUUCCGAGAGUAUUAAAGACCUUACGGUGUUGGACUAUCAAGAUAACAGCAUAUUAGAAUUGAUGAAUAUCUCGGCACCCUUUCUACACGGGUUACACAUCUCAUUUUGUCCAAUACAGACAAAAGUGCAGCUCAUGAAUGUAUCAUCCCUUCUUAGUGCCAACAUCGGUUUCUGUGUACCCAAUGUAAAUGUAUCUGUUGAGGUAAUGAAUGACACAAUGGAACUUCUUGAAAAGACUCAACAUGCCAGUGGACUUGUACUAGGAGGCGCAUGCAUUAAGGUUCUAUCAAAGUUGGUGGCGCGUGGGUGGCGGCCUCCACAAUCGUCUAAGCGAAAUUGGUUGUCGUUAGAAACUUUGCGGGAGGAGAUUAGCAUUCCCGGAAUACUUGCCCUGCUCGAAUCUUAUCCAAACCUCGAGACGCUUCUUAUAGAGAGUUGUGACUCUUACAAGGAAUCUGUCAGGACAUGGACUCCUGCUGCAAGGGAUGAUUUGGAUCUUGACUUAGCGCACUUGAAGACUGUUCGUUUAUUUGAUUUUGCUGAUCCCAAUUUAGGCGGUGAGCCAAUGCUUACGUUGGCCCGAAUCUUGCUUAAGAGAGCCACGUCAUUGAAAAAGAUGGUGAUCGAUGCACUUGAAAAUGUAACCAAUUUUUCAUCAGAUUUUGCAAAGAUGUCUGAAACAGUAGUUAGUUACCCAAAAUCCUCGGGAAAAGCAGUGAUCAUCCUUCGUCAA